AGGAAAAAUAUGUUCAAGGGGAAGAAACUUAAUAUUUUUUACACGAAGGCAGUUACUGAAGAAGCACCUGAAACAGACUCAUCACCUUCACUUUGGGAUGUGGAGUUUGCUAAGCGGUUGGUCGCAAUAAAUGAACAACCCUUUCAGAAUGGGUUUGAAGAGAUGAUGCACUGGACAAAAGAGGGGAAACUGUGGGAGUUCCCAAUUGACAACGAAGUGGGUUUUGAUGAUGAUGGUUCAGAAUUUCAUGAACAUAUAUUUUUGGAUAAAUACCUGGAGGAUUUUCCAAAACAAGGACCAAUCCGCCAUUUCAUGGAGCUGGUGACCUGUGGCCUUUCCAGAAACUCUUAUCUGAGUGUUAAACAGAAAGUGGAGCAUAUCGAGUGGUUUAGAAAUUAUUUUGAUGAAAAAAAGGACAUUCUAAAAGAAAAUAACAUCCAGUUUAGUUAAGACCAUGGAAAUUUCCAUUUCGGGCUAUUCAAGAUGGAUAAAUUAUAACCAAAUAAAAUACUUCUGCUAGAGUUUUUCUA